AUGGGAUCGAUCCUGCUACGGCGAGGCUUGGUUUCUCUGACGAUUUCAGAGUGGCUGAAUCCAUCUAACCUGCUUUUGGUUCCAGCGAUUGCUUCUCUGGCCUAUAUCCCAGUUACGGCUACAACAGUGACAGUGACGUGGUGGCAUGUAGUGAGCAGAAUGAGGGCAUCCCCUUUGAGAAGUGAUUGGUUUCUCUGUUCUUCUCAAUUUGUGUUUAGGUCCGAUGGUGUGGUGCUUCUCAGUGUGUGGUUCUGGCUCUAUCAUCAAUGA